UUUUCACAUAAUAGCAAAACAGAAUACAUAGUCUAUGGAGUGAGUGGUGUUAUAUUUGUCAAUUUCAUGACGCUAAAAACGUAAAUGUGUGAAAUUCAGGAUUAUUCUAUUGAGCAUAAGGAUAUUUAUUGGAAUAAAUAUUCGGCGUGCUUAGACAUGGAUUUGUACAUAACCGAUUCACUCCAGGACAUGCUGGACAUGGACAUCAAAAAUGAAAUAGCGACAGACCUAAGCAGCAUAACCGAUUUUUCGGACUCGCUGGGAUUGAAUUUUUCCGAAAUGCCGCCGUUAUUAGACAUGGAUACUGACAAUUCUGUAACGUGGCUGAACAACUCAUCUUCGAGUUUCGUACAUAAUCUCGAUUUAUACGGAUCUGAAGCGAAUGCUGUUAUGGUAAAUCCAAAUUCAGUUAUGCCUUCCACGUUCGCGGAAACACCAGUUAAGAGCGUCGUUAAAGAAGAAGCGUCGAAUCUAUUGCUAACUUCAGCUGUUAAUAAUGAUCUAAAUAAUAGUACGUCACUAUCGAGCCCCAAAGAAGAAAAAAGUCAUUUGACUUUCUCCCCGAAUGCCAUAAAAGUAUCAAAAGUACAGGAAUCGAAUGAAACAGUUUCCAAGAAACCUAUAGAAGAAGCGACGCAGAUGGUUAUCUAUUUAAGAAAACAAAACAAUGGCGUAGUUAAAGAUCUCUUAAAAGAUUUAGACACGAGUAAAUCUAAAAUCAAUAGUAUACCAACAAUAACACCUACGGUUCGAAUUAAGACGAGCCAAUCCGAAAUAUUAAAAGUGAACAAUAAGAAUUGUUCCAUUUUAAAUAGUAGUCAAAAAAUAACUCAUUCAUUAGGAACUAAAACUAUUAUAUCUGGUAAUAUACACAUAUUGGACGCUCAACAAUCUAGAACAAUUUUAGCUAAUGGUAGCAAGAAUCAGGCGACGAUAUUGAUUGAUAAUUCAUCGCUAAAUAAUAGUAGACAAAUAAUUAAAACUGCAGUCAGCGGUGCAUUCACCGUGGACACGAGCCAAGCUAAAUAUGUAAAUAACACUAGUAAAACAGUAGCGGGAGAAUUUCCAAAGCCGGCUUAUUCGUAUUCAUGUUUAAUUGCAAUGGCGCUAAAGAAUUCCAGAACAGGAAGUCUACCGGUUUCAGAGAUAUAUAAUUUUAUGUGUCAACAUUUUCCCUACUUCAAAACUGCACCAAAUGGUUGGAAGAAUUCUGUCCGACAUAAUCUUAGUUUAAAUAAGUGUUUCGAGAAAAUAGAGAAACCUUCAACAAACGGAAGUCAAAGAAAAGGUUGUUUAUGGGCAAUGAAUCCUUCAAAAGUCGGUAAAAUGGACGAGGAAGUUCAAAAAUGGUCAAGGAAAGACCCACAAGCUAUCAAGAAAGCUAUGAUAUAUCCAGAGAGCUUAGAGGCACUGGAGCGAGGUGAAAUGAAAUACAGCGGCUUCGGCAGCGACAACGAGGUCGACGACGACGGAGACGCAGAUGUGGACCCAGAGAUCGACGACUUCGAGAUAGACCCCGACGUCAAGGAGGAGCCCGAGGACGACGAGACCGUCAUCGAACAGGAGGUUUCGGACCAGGAGCUGGAAGUGGAGGAGGUGGUGGAGGGCACGGGCAUGGUGGGCGGCACCUACCGGCUGCUGGCAGCCGGACCCUCGCUCGCCUCCUACGUCGCGGAUGUGGACUCCGCAGAGGACGUCAGCGACAUAGAGGUAUUGGACCAGUCCUACGAAGAGAUUGAUAUUGACGUGACGAAACCCGUUAAACUAGAUCUAUCCGUUUCGGAAAAUUAUACGAUUCAUCCAGCGAAAAGGGCGAAGACCAGCUUCAUUUACCAACCAGUCACAACACAAACACACACGAGCAGACGAAAGACACCACUCGUGAACAGAGUAGCGCUAGUUUAAGUUAACUUUAAAAUAUUAUCAAAAAUUUUAAUUUCGACGUACUUUGAUUAAUAAAAACAAUGUGAUUACAAAAACACAGGAUAAGACGAGUGUUAUCCAUAUAUUGUUCCAAUAUUAUUAUAAAACGAAAUAAAUUUAAGUAUAAUAUUAGUAGUGUGUUCGUGUUUUGUCUGUGAACAUUAAUUACUCGUGAUAGUCUGUACCAGAUAAGUGUAUUUACGUUUUACGAAGAUGGAACACUCGUUACAUAUCGUUCACUGUAAAAUAUAAUUUUAGUUAAUAAGUUAACGGAAAGGCGAUCGUGUUAACCGGAUCGUUCGCCUUGAAAAGUCUCGAAAUCAUUGAAUAGUUUCUAUUAAUAAGCUUAUAAAUAAGUGGUUUCUAGACCAUACACUCUCAGUACAAAACAUGUGUUUUACUACUAUGGUGAUAUGUUUUGUAUAGGUAUUUAGAUAUAAUGUUUUUUGUAUUCAUAAAAAUCUUAAAAAUACUAAAACUAUUACUAUAGUAGCAAAAAUCAUAGCGGGUAUAUUAAUAAAACUCCCACCGCUUGUACAUAUUUAUUUUAUUAUGUGCAUUUUAUAUGUUGACGCUGGCAGCUUGUUCUCUAUUACAAAUCAAUUCUGAGCCCGUACUUUGUAUUAAUUCAGUUCAUUCUAUUGAAUGUAUUCAUGCUUUAUUUUAAAAGCGUGGAUAGAUUUGACGGGUCUUAUGUAUCGAAAAAGUUUUGAUAUCUUUUCGAGAUAAAAAACUAUUUUUGGUCAACAUAAUCAUUGUCAUAAUAUUAAUUGUGUUACAAUUAAGUAUAUAUAUUUAAUAAGGUUUAUAAGGGCUCAGAAUUUAUUUGUUUCAAACAUCUUGUUUUUUGAGUUUUUCAAAACUCUUUAUUUUUUCUUUCAGUAUCUAGUUAAAGUAUUCACUUUAUGUCUUUAAAAUUAUGUAAAUAUUUGCUUUACAAACAGGGACGUGCAAACCGUGGUUUGGAUACGAUUAACAUAGGCGAGAAUCAGACGUAGUCAGUUUAUUUUUAAAUAGAUAUUUAAACAAAUUACCUAUUUGUACAUAAAAUCAAGUAAAUAAACUAACAAAUUGCAAUCGUUUUACAAUUCGAUUUAUUAUAGAAAAAUCAGCUAUUUUUAGUCACAAGGGAUAUAUAACAUCUUAAUUCUCAAGGUUCCUGGCGCAAUGGCAAUAUAAGAAAAGGUUAAUAUUUCUUAUAACGCCAAUGUCUAUGAACAAUUGUGAUCAUUCACCACUAGGUGACCAUUUGCCGCACAACAAUCUAUUUCUAUAUAAAGAAUAAAUAAAUAUCUAUUUAUAUAAAUAACAUGAACAUUAAGUAAAUAUAAGAAAUUAAAGAAAAGUUAUUAUAGUAUGCACGUCACUGUUUUAUGUUAUAGUAUGAAUAACUUUAUAAUCCUUUCUUGUUAAUUUUGUUAUUGAAUUUAUUUAUCAGUACACGAAAAUGACGAAAAUUUCAUAAAUUCUUUAAUGAUAAUUUAACGAUUAAGAAUAAAUAUAGAAUAUGUUUUUGAAAUAAUAAAAUUAUCAAAUAAUAUAGCAAACAAAUUCUCUUAUAAAUUAUGGUAUAUUUUUAUUUAUAACUUUCUUGUAUUUUGGUAUAUAACUUUCAAUUUCAUUCAAGCGUAAUUUCUAUUUGUCUGCGAGUACGUUUUGUUGUUCACCAUAUUAUUCGAAAGUUAAUUACUUUAUACUUUAAGGAUUGUCAACUUCGAUGUUUAGGAUAUAAAAUGAGAUGUGUAGUAGAUUUGGUUGUGACUUGUUUUGUCUAAAGUAAGAUACUCUGUACGUUGAGAACAAAAUGUUAAUAUAAGUCAACGCAUAUUGUAGAUUUAUUAUAGACUAAGUUGCCAAUGGUUAUUUACAAUAUGUGGUGCGUAAUGUCAAUGAUUAAUAAAUCUACAUUGUGCAUUGUCUAUUAAAAAUAAUUAUAUUAUAUGUAUUUUAUGCAGACACAUGUUACGUCCUUUACGCACCAUAAUUGCGCUUGUAUCGAUUUCAACGAUAGAUCAAUUUGUACCUUUAUACAUAAUAAAUUGACAAUUUUUUAAGAAGUAUGUAGUGUAGCAAUCUCUUAAAUUAAAAUUCAUAUAGAUUAGUUAAAACUGUGAUACGAGAUUGCUAUUUUAUCACACAAAUUACAUGUUGAAAUUAUAGUACGGGACCAUGUAUUGUCCCUUGUCCGGGUAAGAAGAUAACAUAAUGAUGCAAUAAGCGUAUCUUUACAUUUCAAUUAUAAGAUAAUAAAUAAUGGGCCUCUAGUGUAAAACGCACUUAAAUAAAUUUAUAUUACUACUUGUAUUGGUAGGACGUAAUCGUGUGUACUCAUAAUUAUAUACAAUCUGUCAUCAGGUACUGGAGUGAUAGACUAUUGUCUAUGGGAAAGUUUAUAAUGAUUGGUAUGAAUAGUAGUAAUUGGAGCCUGAUAGUGCAAGUAGUGCAAAAUUCUCGCAAGCCUGUAGUACGAGUGGUUUAUUGAAGUUGAGAGUAGGUUGAAUUUAUAUAGACUUAUAUGUAAAAAUCAAAAGUAGUACUCGAGUACACAACUUUAACUUUUUACAGUUAGGUGUAAAAUAAUCAAUGUUGAUUAAGAUUUGUUUGAUAUUAUAGCGUGCAAUUUUGUAAAUACAUUUCUCUAUCUAGAAUCUACUUAGAAAUCUUGCUUAUAAUUUACUAACGCUUUAAUAUGAAAUUAAAUUCUAAGAUGUCAUUCUUAAAUAAUAAUAGUGAAAUUGAUCUUAUACAUUUUGCAAUAAAUAACAUUUGUAACAAUUAAUGGCCAUAAUGCUCACAAUAGCCGAGUAGUUGUAAUUGAUGUGUAUCAUAAAACAAGAAAUGUAUUUUUCCACUGCCAGUAUUUCAACAUCCAUAAUAAACUUAAGUUUUUAGAAGUUAAGGGUAGAGGUAGUUUAGUUUAAUAGCAAUAGAUUAAGCCAGCUAAGUUGAAUGACUUUUAAUAAUUUUUUGGUAAUAAAAAUGAAAUGACUAUA